AAAUUAUUUAGUGUUCUUCAAAUAAACCGAAUAUUACUUACAAAUUUGACGGCGAAAAAUAUUCGGCUCUAUUCAUACGCGAAGGUGUUAUCUUCCAAGAAACUGGAUGGUACGGUUGCAUCGAAAGUGAUAAAUUAAUUGCCGAGAGCUGGGGCGGACUUGAAUGGAUCGGCCUAACGCCCGAUCACUUUAACAAAUCCGAUGUUGCAUGGACCUAUGUUUACAUAAAAUCAGAAAAGUCUAUUUUUGUUGAAGAAUCUUGGUAUGAAUAUAUUUUGCAAGAAAAUGUUGGGAAUGACGUAUUUUUUUCGUGUCGAUCAACCUCGCCAAAUACGGAGGCUAAAUUCAUGAUGACAACGAAAAGGAAUUUGAAUAUUAUACAUGAUUCUGAAAGAGGAUUUACGCUGAAAAAUAUUACAUUGGCUGAUUCUGGAAAAUACUUUUGUUACGCUGAUGGUGAUUUUGAGAAUAAAAUGGUUCAAUAUCAAUUAAAAGUUACAGAUAAUUCAACUUUCUACAACCCAGUAAUAAUUAACAAUUCACCUAAGUCUCUAAUUCCUGGUAGAACGUUAAGAUUAAGAUGUUCUGUUAUUGUUCCUCACGGCCACUUGUAUUUACUUGACUGGAAAAUUCCUAAUCAGAAUGCUAGUAUAGCUUACAGAUACUCUAAAGCAUGGAAUGACCAGGAUUCUUAUAAACUCACCGAAGAUUUAAUUGUCUCAGGAGUAAGUAGUAAAGAUGAAGGAGUCUAUGAGUGUAAAUAUAUCGCUCCACAAUUGAAGAAACGCGUUUCAUCUAAAAUAAAUAUAACGCUCGAUAAUGGCAUUAUUGCGCUGGAUGAUGCUGUAGAGGGAUUUGAAAAGAUGAAGCAUAAAUUCUCGAGUAUUAAACUUCAAAUGAAAUCGCUGUUCAAUGAUUAUCUUUUACAUCAAUCGAGGGUUGAGAAGAUGAUGGACAGAACUUUAGCAGAGUUCAAUCAACUUGAUGCCAGUCUCAAGUUACUUAAAAAUGAUGUUCGUUUUAUUCAGUCACGUUUUAGUAACUUUCGAGAGCUAGACAACGCAGAAAACAAAACUAUUCAUUUUUAAAAGUGUUUAAUUAAUAUUAAUGAA